GACCUCUUCGCGGAGGGGCACCUGGAGCUCUCCCGCGGGGUCUACGGCGGGGUGACCCUCCGGGACUGGCAGCUCAGCCUGCUGGGCCCGGAGCGCAUCCUCGGCUCGGCGGAGGCACGGAGCCGCCACGUCAGGAGCAUGGUCCGCCGCGACGAGGAGUGCUUCCGGACGCUCUCCAUCCUGAAGGCCUCGGCCCAGGGGCCCCGCGGCGAGACCGCGCUGGCCGGCUACAUCAUGUACCAG